AUGUUAAAAUCCAUCACAAAUUUGUCAAAUAACUUCGUGACUGCUGCAAAACAUUCUGCAAAAAUGUCUAGCAUACACAGUACCUACAAAGAAGAAGUUCAUGAUGUGCCAAUGUCCGUUAUUAUAAGACCUUUCAUACCGGAACUAGAUGAGAAUAAAGUGCAAUCGCUGAUGGAAACAAUACAAAAAGAAGAAGAGGUUGGUAAUGUGCCUCCCAUAGACGUGCUGUGGAUCAAGGGCUCCGAGGGUGGAAACUAUUACUACAGUUUUGGCGGCUGUCAUCGCUUCGCGGCGUACACGAGGCUGAAUCGACCCACCAUUCCCGCUAAGCUGAUCAAAUCUACUAUAUCCGAUCUGCGAACUUACCUUGGAAAUAGCACACCGGACCUUAAGUGA